AUGGUAUUCAAAGUUGUCGUUAAUUUAUACUCUCCAGUGGGUAGCUUGGCAAAGUGUCUUUUGAAAUGUGCAUGUGUAAAUGAAGAAUCCAUCAUAAUGAAUGGACAAUGCCAUCAAAAUUUAGAUAAGGAAGCCAGCAUUGAAUCGCAACAAUCCGAGUGUAAAAAAGGAAAUUGUACUAUUGGCGAAACUAUCGUGGACUAUGGAUGUACAAGAGCGGAAAUGAAAUGUGCAGACAAUAUGAAAUUUAAAAUUAUCUCUAAUUUACAAUAUGGUACUCAUGGUUUAAGGAAAUGUCUAUUACAGUGUGAAUACGAUGGUGGCAAUUUCCCUGAAAAGAAUAGGGAACGUUUUGAAAAAGUAUUUUAUGGAAAGGGAAAGUGCAAACGGGAAAAUUGCGCUCUUGGAGAAAUUAUUAGAGCCUCUUCGUGUAUACAGGCUGAUACGAAAUGUGGAACCAAUAUGAUAUUUAAAACAUUCGUUAAACUGGAACCUUUGAGUGGCUCAGCUCUCUUUACGAGGUGCAUAUUGCGCUGUAGCUGUGAUAGCAAUAAUUUUAUUGAGAAAAACAGGCAAUGUUUGCGGACAACCGUAGAUUCCGUUUCGAGAUGCGUAAAAAAAAAUUGUCGCCUAGGAGAAGUUACAUUGGAUGUCCCUUGUCGUCGAAUUGGAGACAAAUGUGGAAUUAAUAUGAUAUUCAAUUUAGUUAAUGAAACUCUUAAAGAAAAUUCAUGUUUUCUUCGAUGUGACUGUGAAAGAGAAUUCGUGGAGAAAGAUGGCCGAUGUGUAAGGUCUUCGAUCCUUAAAGAGAAAACAAUGAUAUUUGCCAAUGACAGUACAACAACAAAUAUUACAGUGCCCGGUUUGCCGAAAAUUGGUAAGAAAUUUUAUAAUUCUGAUUGCCGGGGAACUCAAUUGGCUUGCGGUAGAAAUAUGAAAGUAAUUUCUAUUUGGAAAAAUCCUGUCGAUCAGCAAAACCGAUUUGCUUGCAUUCAAUUCUGUGCGUGUAAUGAUGGAUUUGUCGAAAUGAAUGGGAGAUGCGUUGAGUAUUAA